ACAAAAUGAAAUUAUUGUUGCAGAAAGAGAAAAGAUUUGCUGUUCUCUUGUUUUCGUGUGUUCUUGAAGCAGUAUCUGGUACUCAGUAUGAAAUGUGCGUUAGGAAGUCAGGUACUGCUUCUGAUAAAAACGCUGUUCUGACCUGUCCGGCAGAUUCUGUCCUCUUUGUAUCGGGAUUCAGAGUGAGAACGGAAGACGGCUCAGAACAAAAGGGAGAUAUUUGUCCACGAUCUUAUUGGAGUAUUUCGAGUUUACGGUACAGGCUUUGGGACGAUGGAAAUAACACACUCAAGAACUGUAAUACGUUGAAAAACGUUUGCAAUCUUCCCAGCACUUCAUUUUACACGCAGGUGGAUUCGUAUUUCGAAGAGUGUGUAACCAAGGAUUGGAGAUUAUGUUUAAUAUACGAAUGUUUAACAGCCAAAACCCGCAUUGAUAUGUGUUCUGACAUAAUGUCCUUGACAGAGGCAAGGUCACCUGAACUCUACCGCACGAGAUUCAUGGGGAAUUCAUUAUGCCGAUGUUUUAUCUACGGAGAGAUUUCUGCAAUAAUAAUAAGAAACAGAGAAAACAUAGAUGUGCGGAUCAGGAAUCGAAAUGGUUCAAGUAUAAUGGAGUUUAGAGUAGAAUUACCAAACUUGCCCUGGAGAUGCAGGUACGCAUAUGGAUAUGACAGAUAUAUUAUAUUUCCUGGAAAAUUCGAAGAUUAUGUGAACAUGACGGGGUUCCAGAUGAAAGCCAUUGAGUUAGACACAUCGCCGACUUCCCUUUUCAAUUCGUUUUUGUGGUUUGAAGUUCAAGGAUCUGUGAGUUACGAUUGCAAAGACAUCACGCGCAUAUACAAGGGAAAUGAGGACUCAUUUAAAGCACAUACUUUGAGACGAAGCUAUGAAAACGACGCUAAUUGGAAUUUCCGCCUCAUUGGGGCCGGUGUACUCGUCUCUGUACUAGCUGCCAUUACUACCGGUGUUUUGCUCUGCAUUGCAUGGAAAUCAAUCAAAAGAGAAAUACAAAGUCGUCCUGGAACGCAUCCGGGUUCCAUUUGCUCCUGCCAACGAAAUUACACAAAUCUUAACAUCAAUGAAACCAGACACGAUUCAUCCACUGUAUGAAGAAACGCAAUAUUAGGAAGUUAAAAGUAAAGGAAAAGAGCAAUUCAUUGACCAUCCCUAAACUGAGAAAUUUCUUGACUUCGGUGUAAAUUGAUUAUUUUAUGGUUCCUGAUACAUUGUAGUUGUUCAUUUGAAUACACUUUAUUAUUGAGGUGUUUAUAAGGAAAAUUCCGUGUGUUGUUUACCCUGUUCUUCCGUCUUGUCACACUUCCUUGUUUUUGGAAGUUUAUUUUCCUUUGCACACGAUUAGUUCCUAAACCGGAAGUCCAAAAACUCUGAUGUGCUUCUACAAGAUACACCGAGUAUACCCCAACAUGCGGGAUGUAGGCUAUGUUGUGACUAGGGUAUAGGCUACCGAAGCGGUCGAGGUUCGUUUUUGCAUAAUCUCUUAAUUUAUGGAUAUACUUCGCAGGAAAGCAUAUAGUAACAAAUAUAUCCACUGUACACUUUCUAGUCAACACAAUUCCGACUAUUGGAGCAAGUUUGGCACUACCGAUUAACUAUUAACAGGACAACGCUUUGUUUUAUCGUCACUUUUAUAUAACGUGUCAUCUGUAUAAGUUUAUGCAUAUACUGUCAGUGAAUAAAAUUAAUCGUAUUCAAAGAUAUCGACGAAAAAUGAAUGUUGUGCACGGGGUGUAUGCUACAUGUUGUGCACGAGGUGUAGGCCUAUGCUACCAGAUUUAUUUUGCGUAUAAGUGCGGAAUGUCAUCCAAUAUUUAAUAUUUAAGCAUACUAAUUGUAGUAGUACUUCUACUAUUGUUUUAUAUGUACCGUAAGUAAAAUAGUUUCUUGAAUGAAACUCUAAAUGCAAUACUUCCGUUACAUAUUAUACACCUAUU